AUGACAUCCGCAAAAGAUAUCCGUCCGCGCCAGGACGACUUGGCCUUUCAGGCUCAAUACUUCUCUACUUCCCCCUCGGCUUCCUUCCACUCGCCCUCCAGCCAUGGCUCUGCUUUGGCUCGCGUCAUCCCCGUCGCCAAUGCAAAGCACUUAAAGCCAUUUGCAACCGAAGAUAUCAAAGUUCUUCUGCUGGAGAAUGUUAACCAAGCCGGGCGCGAAAUUCUCCAGCAACAGGGUUACCAGGUCGAAUUCCUCAAGUCUUCCCUCCCGGAGGAUCAGCUCAUCGAGAAGAUCCGCGAUGUCCACGUUAUCGGUAUUCGUUCUAAGACCAAGCUGUCCGAGCGAGUCCUGAAGGAGGCCAAGAAUUUGAUCGUUAUCGGCUGCUUCUGCAUCGGAACCAACCAGGGAAUUGCGGUUUUCAACUCUCCUUUCAGCAACUCGCGCAGUGUCGCCGAAUUGGUCAUCGGCGAGAUCAUCGCCCUGGCGCGUCAGCUCGGGGAUCGCUCCAACGAAAUGCACAAUGGGACGUGGAACAAAGUGAGCAACAAGUGCUGGGAGAUCCGUGGGAAGACCUUGGGCAUCAUCGGUUAUGGUCAUAUUGGCGCCCAACUGUCUGUCUUGGCGGAGGCGAUGGGAAUGUCUGUUAUUUUCUUUGAUGUUGUGAACUUGAUGGCAUUAGGUACAGCCCGCCAGAUGGAGACUCUGGAUGACCUGAUGGCCGAGGCAGACUUCAUCACCUGCCAUGUACCCGAACUCCCCGAGACGAAAGGCAUGAUUGGCAGAGCCCAGUUCGAGAAGAUGAAGACUGGAAGCUAUUUGAUCAAUGCCAGCCGCGGCACAGUUGUGGAUAUCCCGGCCCUCAUUGAUGCUAUGCGCAGUGGGAAGGUCGCUGGAGCAGCUUUGGAUGUCUACCCUAAUGAGCCCGCCGGAAAUGGUGAUUAUUUCAACAAUGAUUUGAACGAGUGGGCGGAGGAUUUGCGUUCCCUGAAGAACUUGAUUCUGACCCCUCAUAUCGGAGGAAGCACCGAGGAAGCCCAAAGUGCCAUUGGUGUCGAGGUUGCCCAGGCCCUGACUAGAUAUGUGAAUGAGGGUGCCACUCUUGGCGCGGUCAACUUGCCUGAAGUCAAUCUGCGCUCCCUCACUCUGGACGAGCCAAACCACGCUCGGGUUGUCUAUAUUCACCAGAAUAUUCCGGGUGUACUGAGGAAAGUCAAUGAAGUUAUUGGCGAUCACAACGUGGACAAACAAAUGACCGACAGCAGAGGUGAUGUCGCCUAUCUAAUGGCCGACAUCAGCGACGUCAAUGCCUCUGUCAUUAAGGAUCUUUAUGAGCGACUUGAGAGUCUUCCCUCCCGGAUCAUGACUCGGAUCUUGUACUAA